UCCAGCUUUCCCUGGAUACGGGAAAGCGUCUAGCUGCGGUCUCCACGGAGGGAAGGAUGCGUGUGUAGUAGUUAAAGGGACGUUUCAGUGCCGUGUUUUAUACAGUUAGGACGUCAAACCAUCAUGGCCAUUUGUCGGGGAAGCGUCGCUGUCGACCCAACAACGACUUUAUCAACUUUUGGUACCUCCAAUUGUACGUUUUAGCCGCGCCGCUCUGCUGAUCUUUCUUAGCAUGGACGAUAAGGAUUAGUUAGCCUCAGCAUCACCCCAGUGACCACACCUCCUGGUGACAGGUAGGUAGAGGGAGUCUUCAGGAGUGGUGUGGCUGCAGGUUUCUGAGCAAACAUGGGGAAGCUGCAGAGCAAGUUUCGCAAGAGGUCUGAGCUGUACAGAUCACCUCAAGGGGAAAAGGCUGAGAACACCUUUGACAGUCAGGUGUUACAGUAUGAACCUGCCCACUAUGGCUCCAUCAACACUGUGACCAAUCUCAGCCCAGACUUGUGUGUUUCUGGUGGCAGUGACCAGGCCGUUGUAGUGUAUGACUGGAAACAAGGCCAGCUGUGUCAGUCCUUCCAGGGUCACAACAGAGAGGUUACCAAGGUGGUUUGUUAUCCCGGCAGUACAUGGAUCUUUAGUGCCUCCCGGGACAAAACCGUUCUCAUGUGGGACCUGAACCAGGGAGACGAACCGAUUCAGGAGUUUUGUGGACAUGAGCUGGUUGUCAAUGGAAUCGCUAUUAGCCCUGAUGGAAGAAAGCUUUGCACUGGCUCUCGGGACAACUGGAUGUGCCUGUGGGAUAUAGAAUCUGCAAAAUGUGAACACAGACAUAACAUCUCGAGAAACCUGGUGACUCAUGUAUGUUGGGUGCCAGCUAGCUUUUCUGUAGUCCAGACCUCAGAGGACAAAACUAUAAGGGUGUGGGAUAGCCGUUCGUGGCAGGUGACCAAUACCUUUCCAGCUAAGCAGUAUAUACAGACUCACUGUGAUGUCUCUCCAAACGGGAACUACUUGGUGUCCAGCAGCAACGGCUUUGGAGGCCAGGGUUGUGAAGCCACGCUCUGGGACUUGCGUCAGCCUGGCUGUAAAGUGGUGGAGUACAGGGGUCACCUGCAGACCACAGCCUGCUGCACAUUUCUACCUGUGUUUUCUGGUGGCUUGGCUAGGAUAGCAACAUCCUCCCAUGACUGUUCAGUCAAAAUCUGGGAUCAGAAUACUGCAGUCUGUUUAGGGACACUGUCCCUGGAUGGUGCUGGUCCUCUGAUUUCUGUGGCUCCCACCGAUACCAAUAGUUUGCUGUGUGCCAGCUUCAACGCCGGUCUCCAACAUAUCCAGCUGGACCAGGCACAGGGUUCUGGUGCUGGGUCAGGUGGUGCUGGAAGUUUGGAUAUGAGAGUUGUGGCACGAUUCUGACAGCACCAAAGCGUAUAGUGGGACUUAUAUGGACAUCAAGGCAUUCAGCGAGCAGUAACGACAUUCUUCCUUUUUAAAAACCUUUUUUAUAUUAUUUAAUAAUUUUACUGGCAUUUUUGCUUUACCAAUCUGCCAUACCAAGAAAAUUACAUUCGUGCAUUGUGUUAAUUAAAUUGCACACAAUUGGAUUCUGUCCAUUGUUUUGAUACAUUUUGAAAGCAGUUUGUUAAAUUGGACUUUAUUUUGUGGAAUUAGAGUGAAGAAGGUUGAAAAUGCACUUGUAAAUUUACAUUCGGAAACAAGAUUUAAAAACCAUGUAACACUUUCUUUUCCUUUUAGAAGAGGCACUACUUGAUGUUGGUCCAUCACAUAAAAUCAUAAUAAAGUACAAUGACAUUUGUGGUUGUAAUUAAAGCAAAAUGUGCAAAAAUUAAAUAAUUAUGAAUACUUUUGCAAGGACCUGUGCCCGCAGGGGUAUGUGUACUGUUAAGUAAAACAACUUGAAUCUAUUUUAGUCAUUACUGGAUUAACUUGACCUCAUAUGGUAACUGGAAUUAAUUCCUCUUUAUUUAGCACUGUGGAUCAUGAGGAGCAAAAGAUUACCUAAAAUAAAACACUCAUCCGAACUUGAGUUAAAUGUGCUUCAACUCAAAUUGACGUACAAAUUUUAAAUGACUUUUCUUAAUCUGAGAAGUUUGAGGCGUGUUGGAGAAACAGUUUCUCUUGGCGUUUUGCCUUCCCAAACAAACCAAAGUUGUAAGAUUAACAAUAGAGUUUUUAGCGUAUAUUGACUUUCUAAGGCUAUUGCUACUGAAUGCUGGAUCACAAAAAGUACAGCAGUGCUGAAAACGAUCAGAAACUAACACAUUUGUAUAUCAUCAGCCAUUUCUCCUUCUUUGUAGGUAUUGUCAGACAUUUUGUUUUGUUUAUAAACAAGUUAUGAUGACAUUAGACCAUAUUAAAAAUAUGUAAGCUGUGUAGCAAAGCACACACGUUAGCUAAGUGCUGUAAUGUACAGAACUGUCACUCUAAAUGGGCGUGUAGAAUCAGUUGGUCCAGUAUCUCUGAACGUGAGGAUUUGUGAUUUUGCAAGGUGAAGCUUGUUUCACCAUCUGACAGCAUCUCUAAACGUUUUUCUUUAAUGAGACAGCACAAAGUCAGUCAUUUCAGUUUAUUUUAGAAAAAUAUUUUUAUGUUUGUUUUUUUUGUCAAAAUGUUAGAACAAAAGAACAUCGAACAUGCCAGCUCAUAUGAACUUAUUUUGUUCUUGAAUAGAAAAGGUGAUACAAAUUCUUAUAUUUUUACUUUAAGAUGUGUAUAGUUGAUAUUUUGUGUUGUUAGCCAUAACAUUGGAAUUUUCAAGCAUCUAUGCAAAAUACCAGUAACUUACUUUUCUGAUCAACUGAAUAUGAAGGGAAAAUGUGCAAGUAUAAAAAUGAAGAUGUUGUACCAUCUUUCAGAUGCUUGCUUUGUGUAUUCAUUGUUAGAAAUCUAAAGCCUUAUUAGUCGAGGCAUACAGUACAUUAAUUUAAACUGCGCUCAUGUUUGAACUGUACGCCUAAUGCUCCUACUAAUGCCAUCUUAAACAGGUGAAACACACAUGUUGCACCAACAUAACCAGGUGGAGAAACUGAGGAAGCAGGAAGAAAACUCUGCAUGGUUUUGUCUAAAGCUGCAUCAAUCACAGAAGUUUCCGACUUAUAAUUAUUUCUCAGGGAUUUAGGGAACACAUGUUAGAACCAAACCAUAUCAGAAUUGACUGAUUUUUAUGUUAGUUUGCUCACUUGCCAGUUUAAACAUUACAAUGAUUUUGUUUAUACAAAUUCUUAAAUCACUAAUUUUAUGUUUGAUUCCACCUAUUUAAAAAAAAUCAACUUAUAAGAUAUUUAUUUGUAAAAUGUAUUUUAUGUCACAAAGUUUGUUUUUUUUCUAUUGUAAUUUGACUUUUAUUACAAUAAUUUUUCAAUAAACGUUCUGUAGACA